AUGUACUCAAUAGUCAGAAAAUCCAUGUUAAAUCAAGUAGGACACUUGAAACCAUUAUCAGUCAUUCCAUAUACUGCUACUCGUUAUGUUUCUACAAAAGAAUUAACUCCAAAACCAUUAGCUACUGAUUUCCCAUUAAUGUCAGAAAAGACGGCUUCAAGUCCUAUUGAUUAUGCAUUAACUUCAUUAGAUAUGAUUGCAAACUGGGCUAGAAAAUCCUCAUUUUGGCCAGUUACUUUCGGUUUAGCUUGUUGUGCCGUCGAAAUGAUGCAUGUCUCUGCUCCAAGAUAUGAUCAAGAUAGAUUGGGUAUUAUUUUCAGAGCUUCUCCACGUCAAUCGGAUAUUAUGAUUGUUGCAGGUACUUUAACUAAUAAGAUGGCUCCAGCUUUGAGACAAGUUUAUGAUCAAAUGCCAGAUCCAAGAUGGGUUAUUUCUAUGGGUUCUUGUGCUAAUGGUGGUGGUUAUUACCAUUAUUCUUAUUCUGUUGUUAGAGGAUGUGAUAGAAUUGUACCUGUUGAUAUUUAUGUUCCAGGUUGUCCUCCAACUGCUGAAGCUUUGAUGUAUGGUGUUUUCCAAUUACAAAAGAAGAUGAUGAGUACAAGAAUCACAAGAUUAUGGUACAGAAGUUAG